AUGGCACCCAAAGAUUCCAAUCACAAGCUAAUGGUUGUCCUUUAUGCAGAAGCCAAGUUACAGAAAUCUAUCAGCUUACCAGGCAGUUUUACCAUUUCACGCGCUAAGCAGGAGGGGAUGGAGGCGAUCAAGGAACACUUGAAGAUACUUCCCGGUGUGCCACUUGUCACCCUAGACCCCGAUUGUACCGAUUUUUACCCAGUGGAUACGAACACUUGUGAAGUAUGCGACGUCAAGGCUCAACGAAAUGUUGCGCCACUGGCUAGAGAGGAGAGCACUGAGCGUUAUGUCAAACCGGCUGACAACAAUAAUGACAUACUUCGUAGACUCGCAUCAAUGGAGGAAAAAUUUGGGCGUGACAUUGCUGAGCUGAAGCAAGCGAAUGCUGGACUGCAGCAAGUGAAUGCUGGAUUGCAGCACGACGUGGAAGAGCUGAGGCAGGUGAAUGCUGGACUGCAGCACGACGUGGAAGAACUGAGGUGGGUGAAUGCUCAGCUGAAGCUCGACAAUGCUCAGCUGAAGGACGACAAUGCUCAGCUGAAGCUCGACAAUGCUCAGCUGAAGCUCGACAAUGCUCAGCUCAAGCACGAGAAUGCUCAGCUCAAGCACGACUUCAAAGAGCUGAGAAGUCAAUUGGAUGAAACUAAUAGAGCUGUAUUGGGUGAUAAAGUCGCAAUCAAUAAGAUCCGUCGUCGGGUACUCCUUGACACGGGUCGCGAUCAGCUGGCUAUGAUAUGCGGCCACAAGAACUGGAGGGAGUGGAAGGACGAGAAGACCACGUCAACUCCGAGUCCAGGAGAUGAUCAGACUGUCCAAACUAUGAUGACUGAAGCGGAGGUAAUACUUGAGAAUUCCACUGAUGCAUCAGAUUAUUGGAAAGCUGUUGGGAAGGAUCGUUCAACUCUUCGCUUUCUCAUUCAUCGUAGCCAUAUCAGGACUGAGGGAGAUAUUGUAGCGCACAAUUCAACUGCGGAGGCUAUUGCGGAGAGCGUUCUAGCUCUGAUCGCUUCGAGUGACAGGACCCAUAUGAUUUCCAUAUUCCGUGCAGUUUACAAUGACGAACCAUGACAAAGUCUUUGUAUAAUAAUUUCUAGAUAGCUGAAAUGUAAUCUGAACGCAUGCUUUCAGUUUGCUACAUCUGCGGGCUUCUCUCUCCCCCC